AUGACGGCGCCGGCGAUCGGAAUCGAUCUGGGCACAACGUACUCCUGCGUCGGGGUCUUUCGACAUGGCAAAGUGGAGAUCAUCGCCAACGAUCAGGGUAAUCGCACUACGCCGAGCUACAUCGCGUUCACGGAGACCGAACGGCUAAUCGGCGACGCGGCGAAGAAUCAGGUGGCGAUGAAUCCCACGAAUACAAUUUUCGAUGCCAAGAGAUUGAUCGGCAGACGGUUCGACGAUCCGUCGGUGCAAUCCGACAUGAAGCACUGGCCCUUCGCUGUCGUCGACGACAAUGGCAAGCCGAAAAUCCGACUGCGAUAUAAAGGGGAGGUGAAAUCUUUCUUUCCCGAGGAGAUCUCCUCGAUGGUCCUGACCAAGAUGAAGGAAACUGCGGAGGCUUACUUGGGCGCGAGCCUCACGAGCGCCGUGAUCACGGUGCCGGCGUACUUCAACGACUCUCAACGUCAGGCUACCAAGGACGCGGGUACCAUCGCCGGCCUGAACGUCCUAAGGAUCAUUAACGAGCCGACCGCAGCCGCCAUCGCUUACGGGCUCGACAAAAAGGGUCGCGGUGAAAGGAACGUUCUGAUCUUCGAUCUCGGCGGCGGUACUUUCGACGUAUCGAUACUGACUAUCGACGAUGGUAUAUUUGAGGUGAAAUCGACGGCCGGUGAUACCCAUCUCGGCGGAGAGGACUUCGACAAUCGUCUGGUCACAUAUUUCGCGCAAGAGUUCGCGAGGAAGUACAAGAAAGACCUGACGAAGAAUAAGCGAUCCCUUCGUCGGUUGAGAACCGCCUGCGAGCGUGCCAAGAGAACCCUGUCCUCGUCUACGCAGGCCAACCUCGAAAUCGACGCUCUGCUCGACGGCGUCGAUUUCUACACCUCCAUCACGCGCGCUCGUUUCGAAGAACUGAACCAAGACCUCUUCAAGAACACCCUGGAGCCAGUGGAGAAGGCGCUGCGCGACGCUAAAAUGGAUAAAUCAAACGUCCACGACAUAGUGCUAGUCGGUGGUUCCACGAGAAUACCGCGCAUACAAAAGCUGCUGCAGGACUUUUUCAACGAAAAGGAGUUAAACAAAUCCAUAAACCCGGACGAGGCAGUGGCUUACGGCGCCGCGGUUCAAGCGGCUAUCCUGCUGGGCGACAAGUCCGAAGCCGUGCAGGACUUGCUGCUGCUUGACGUGGCGCCUCUGUCGCUCGGCAUCGAGACGGCCGGCGGUGUGAUGACGGCUCUCAUCAAACGCAACACGACGAUCCCGACGAAGCAGAUGCAGACGUUCACAACGUACUCCGACAAUCAGCCGAGCGUGCUGAUACAAGUUUACGAGGGGGAGAGGGCGAUGACCAAGGACAACAACCUUUUAGGGAAGUUCGAACUUUUCGGCAUUCCGCCAGCGCCGCGCGGCCUACCUCAGAUCGAAGUUACAUUUGACGUUGACGCCAACGGCAUUCUGAAUGUCUCCGCGGUGGAGAAGUCGACGAACAAGGAGAACAAAAUAACGAUCACCAAUGACAAGGGACGCCUUAGCAGGGAAGACAUCGAGCGAAUGGUGAACGAAGCGGAAAGAUAUCACGCGGAGGACGAGAAACAAAGGGAGAGGGUCGCGGCUAAGAACGACCUCGAGUCAUAUUGCUUUAACGUGAAGAGCGCGGUCGAGGAGGAGAAGGUCAAGGAGAGGAUACCGGAGGCUGAUCGAAAGCGCGCCGGCGAGAAGUGCAAUGAGAUUAUCAAGUGGAUGGACACUAACGCGCUGGCGGCGAAGGAGGAGUACCAGGCGAAGCUGCAGGAAGCCGAGAAGGUAUGCAAGCCUAUCAUGACGAAGUUCUACGAAUCCGCCGGUGCUGUACCGAGGUCUUCGCGAUGCGGCGGGCAAACUGCUGCCGGUAACACCGGUCCGACCAUCGAGGAAGUAGAUUAAUUGUGCGUUAUGGACCACGAAGGCAGAAUUAAAAUACCAUUAGUCGAUAGUACAAAUAAUCUCCGAUGUUAUAGCCUAAUGAUUGACAAAUAUGUUCAAUAUUUAUAA